AUACAUUUAUCACAAAGUAAUUAUCUAGCUAACGUUAGCUGGCUAAACUAGCUAGGUAGCUACAUGGGCCUUUAUACAAAAGACUCCAAGGGGGUUUAGCUAGCUAGUUAGCCAGCUAACGUUAACUAUCUGUUUUGCUCACUUUUACAGCCAACAUAUAUGAAUAGAAUAUAAACACGUGUAUCAUUACUAUGAAACUUGGAUAAAGCCAAAAACCCCGUGAAAGUAACAUGCGGAUGGGCAUUUCAAGAAAAAGUAUGCCUACGUGGGUACCACAGACAGGGGUUAGUUAUACAUAUAUUUGUGGGUACCUUCAUACCUCAUUGUUAGCUUAGCUAUCAAGCUAGUUCACUGUUGUCUAGAUUUAGACUGGCUACAAUGUAUCCAACUAUGGCAGGCCUUGCUGAAACACCCUUUCUCAUAUUACACUUUUGUAUAUGCAUUCUUCUAAUUCAUCGAGCUACCUACAUCAUGUUUUAAUAGCUAGGCCUAUGUAAGGUGAUGGGCAUCACACCAUUAAUAAUUUAGCCGACUUCUGGUGCUUUUACUGUAGGCCUAGGUUGAAACUCAGUCAUAGAAUUUUACCCUUAUAAUGAUACAAUUAAGUAUAUAUUUUUUUUAUAAAUGAUUGACCUGAAACUCUAAGAGAUUAUACAGCUGUUAAAGAUGGCACUCGUUGAGUUACCAAGGAGGUUACAGACACCAGUAAAACUAGGCUAUAGGCCUACUUUGUGCUUGACAAAGGGUGCACUAGAGUAGACAAUGUUGGCUAGAAAUCACAUUUAGGCUACCCAUUGUUAACACCCUAUACAUAGGCCUAAGGUAUAACAUUUUCUUUGAAUGAUUGGUAUUAAUAUGGGGCAUGCAGUGUGUCACACCAGGACUCUAGUCACAUGUUCUGGCCUUGUGUUGCACUAGUACAGUGCAGUGAGUGCACCUUAAAUAUUUUCCUGGGUUUAUUUGUUUUUACUCUUAACAGCUUUUCCUGUCAGUAGGUCUACAUGUUCAUGUGAUCGAUCACUCCAAAUGUCCUGAGAUUCACCUUCCCCUGUGGCUUAAACAAAGAACAGUGGUUUGGCAUACAGGCCUAUUUUGCCUUGUCGUGUCAAAAUGACUGGGCUUUUCUGCCUACCAGAUGUCACAACAAAGCCAGUGAAAUGCCCUGCAUUCAAACCUGGUUGUGAAAUCCUUGAAGUACUGACAGAGGAGCCAGUUACUAAACCUCCCAGCCAGGCUUCACAUCAUAGACCAAAGGAUGAAAACACGCUCACUGAAAAUGAUCCACCAGGUGCCCAUCUCCCUGCCCCUCUGCCCACACCAGUGCCUGCCGGGCAGGCUCCAUAUCCUCCUUAUUUUGAAGGCGCUCCCUUCCCUCAGCCCAUAUGGGUCCGCCACAGCUAUGGUCAAUGGGUACCUCAGCCACCACCGCGAACAAUCAAGAGGAAGAAGAGGCGGACCCGAGAGCCCGGGCAGAUGACCAUGAGCACCAUCAGGCUCCGCCCCCGGCAGGUGUUGUGCGAGAAGUGUAAGAACACGCUGAACAGUGACGAAGACAGUAAAGACGGGAUGCCCACCACCAAGACGUCUAGGAAAGAGAACGCGCUAUACAGCGACGAGGGGUCCAUCAAGUUGGCCAGGAAAGAGGACGCAGACGCCACCAAGGAUAACAACAAGAGACGGGAGAAUGGCCCCACUGGCUACGACGGCAAGCGGCUCCGGAAGGACAAAAGGGAUGACGAACCAAAGUUCCCUGCAGUAGACAUCAUUCCCCACAGCCCAGUCAUUAAGAUUUCGUACAGCACUCCGCAAGCCAAGGUUGAGGUCAUGAAGAUCCCAGCUCGGGUCCACGGCUCCGUCAAGCCCUUCUGCCCCAAGCAGCUGAUGCAGAAUGGCCUGAGAGACCACCAGGGCAAAGUGCCUGAGCCCACCACCCUAACCCAGACCCAGGAGCAGCGCCACAUCCUGGAUGCCACCAGGACGGGCCUGACCGUGUCCAUUCCCAAACUCAAGCUCCCCAGGCCCCUAACAGCCGGCCUGGACCUCCCGUCCCCAAAGAUCCGCGUGACGACCCUGGGGGACGGGGAGGACAGCCUGACGGUGUACGAGGCGGAGCUGGUAGAGGGGUCGAGGAAGAAAGGCCCCAGGGUGCCAGUCCCUGGUCCCCUGCCCCACUCGGAGGACUCUGAGGAGAAGACUCCCAUGGAGCUGUGGUCGGGGAGCUCUGGAGAGGAGGCCGACCGAGGCCACAGUGACCUCACGCUGCUCAUCAACUUCCGCAAGAGGAAGGCGGACUCCUCCAGCCUGUCCGUGUGCAGCACCGAUAGCCUGGACGAAUCAAAAUCCUUCACCUCAGACGGCACGCCCCCAGAGCUGUGCGACCUGGCUCCAGGAGAGCACAUCUCCUCCGUGUCUUCCUCGUCGCUCUCGCGAGACGACAGCAAGACUGUGCCACCACUCACCGUGCGCCUGCACACGCGCAGCAUGACCAAGUGUGUGACGGAGGAGGGCCACGCGGUGGCCGUGGGAGACGUGGUGUGGGGGAAGAUCCAUGGGUUCCCCUGGUGGCCGGCGAGGGUGCUCAGCAUCAGCGGCAGCCGCAAAGAGGAGUCCGUUAACUGCGAAGCCCAGUGGCCAGAGGCUAAGGUGGCCUGGUUUGGCUCACCCACUACCUCCCAGCUCUCCGUUGCCAAACUCUCUCCCUUCCGGGAGUUUUUCAGGUCGCGGUUCAACCGCAAGAAGAAAGGGAUGUACCGACGAGCCAUUGUGGAAGCUGCCAAGGCCGUGGGCCAUAUGAGCCCCGAGAUCACCUCUCUACUCACCUCUCACUGCGAAACAAUCUGAAGACUGAAGAAUAGUCUCCUUUCAAAGGCUUUGUGGAAAUCUGACUCCCCAGGAGAGCAAGAAAGCGUGUGCAGUUGCUAGGGUCACUAUUUAUACAGCACCCCCCCCCUCCCACAUGGCUGGAGGAAAAUGGCCACCCAGGUGGGGUGUUGUUGACUGGAUAAGGGAGCAAGAAAUGCCAGUUUGAGGCAUCUCAUGGACUAUAAGGAACAAUUCUUCAAUAAUUUUUAUUUUUAACCAUAUCAGUAGAAACUGAAUAGCAACACACUACAAAUCAGAAUGUAUUUAUUAUCUGUAACCAUUUAUUAUCCAUAACGAUUUAAGUUUACCUUUCUACAAUUCCUUAAGAUCUCCAUACUGCUGCUUUUGUGAACGUCCUCUCGAACCGAUUGGUCGUGAAGUGGUUCAACGACAACCAGUCAGAGGGCCUCGUCAGGUCUGUUCAGUCCCAGUGCCAUCCUCAUUGGAAGCCCACCCACUUUUUUUUUCUUCUCUCGAACAGACCAGGAAAUGUAUAUCUGCAUUUCUGGUGAAAAGUCUUACACUAAGUUCCUUACUUUCCAAAUAUGAGAAUGUGAAACUGUCCCAUCCAGAGAUAGUACUGUAGUUUCUUCUAUUAUACAGUGAUUCAUCCUUGUAGCCUUCUUCAGCAGUGCUAGUUGGAUAUGUCGACGUAAUGUUAUUUAUACUUUUCUUUUCAAAUUUGUCUCUUCCAUUUUGGUUUGAAUACCUUUAGAAGUGUGGUAUGUAUUGGUCGUUGUUGAGAGAUCCCAAAGUUCAUUUCUACUCACUUUCAUUAUUUAAUGUGUCAUGUAAAGAAAAAGCACUUUAUCUGUACCUUGGUGGCCUGCUGUAAGCUCAUUGUCCUUUCACUAACUAGAGUUACAGCACUGCCAGGCAGCGGGAGUUUAUAUCAAGGUUGACUAUUCAUGGCCUUGGAGAAUACUUUUUUAAAAUUUAUUUAACUUUUGGGUCACCAGAGAUUGAACCUUUUUCACGGGCGGUUGUGUACACUGUAUUCUUGCAUUUUUGUCUCGGGUGUGUAUUUGUACAUUCUUUCAACUCAACCCAGUUCCAUCAAAUGUUUCCACUGGAGAAGAUUGUCAAACCCUAUCCAUCAAUUAAAGCUUUAUAUUCACCUGAAAAUGCUGUAAGAAUACUGUGAAUUCAACUCUUUGAGUGUGCUGGUGAAGGGUGGGGGAGAUAGGUGGCUACUCUGUAUGCUCAAUACUGGUUGCAGAUUGCAGUCCGGAGAGGGAGAGACUGCAGGAUCAACCUUUAUUGACCUUGGAGUUGAAAGCAGCACUGUUGGAAAGUAGGGGGAAGGGAGGGACCGCAGGAACCAUGGGUUGUUCAGUAGGCACUGAACAGAAGAAAACGGGCAAGGACUACCUGGACUUGUCCAAUAGAAAUCGUUUAUUUUAGUUUUCUGUUGCAAGCCCUAAUGAACGCUACCCAGAGCUCCUGUCGCAUUUGUGUUCCAUUUUGAGUCCCUUUGGUUUUGAUUGACUCUUUAGGAAGAAUGGGGAAGGAGAGUUCCUAGCUCCCCCUUUCACCUGGUUUAUGAUUAAGAUGGAAGCAGAUGUCAGGAAAUUCCUGUAUUUGAUGAGCUACAUGGCUGUCUGCUGUUGCCCACAUUGGUCAAUGUUAUUGGCUAUUUUCAGUUUAUUUUUAAAUUUUUUUUUUUUUUACAUGUACAUAAAAUAAAAUAUACAGGCAAUAUGUG